AUGUCACGCAUUACAAUCUUAUCCACUUCUUUACUUACAUACUUUUCUUUCUUUCUUUCUUUCUUUCUUUCUUUCUUUCUUUCUUUCUUUUCUUUCUUUCUUUCCACUCCCUCCCACCCCGUCUCUUCCUUCAUUCCUUAUGUCCUUCCUUCCGUUUUUCUUUAUCGUCUUUUAUUCUUUCUUCCUUCCUUAGAUUCCUUCCUUUUUUGUUUCAUUCCCUCUCUUCUUUCUUCCUCUACCUCCUUCAUUUUCUCUUUCCUCCUUACAUCUUUUUUCUUUAUUUCUUUUUUCGUUCUUUCUCUCUUUCUUAUUUCUUUCAUUCUUUCUUUUUCUUUUUCUGCCUGUCUUUCUUUCUUUCUUUCUUUCUUUCUUUCUUUCUUUCUUUCUCGUUUAAUUCAUUCUUUCUUUACUUCCUUGUUUUCUUUUUUCAUCCCACCCCGUCUCUUCCUUCCUUCCGUUUUACUUUAUCUUCUUUCAUUCUUUCUUCUUGACAUUCUUUCCUUUUCGCUUCCUUCCCUCUCUUCUUUCUUACUCCUUCUUCAACCUUCUUCGUUUUCUCUUUCUUUUUUUUCCCUUUUCAGGUUCUCACUAAAUCCAUUGGUCAAGAGAAUGUGA